UCCAUCUGAAACACACACAAAAAGAAACGCUAAAUCCAGAACAGAGGAAGAAGACGAAGAAAUUGGUAACUGCAACAACAGAGUUUAUGAAAGUUCGUUUACUUAGUUAUUUCUUUUGAGAUAAGGAGUUAAGAAGAGGAAGAAGAUAUGUCUGCAAAACUUCAGUAUAACUUGUCAGAUGAGAACCCAAAUCUGAAUAAACAGUUUGGAUGCAUGUAUGGGAUCUUUCAAGUGUUUCACCGGCAACAAUAUCCGGCGAGACCAGUCUCAAGCGAUGUGGAAAAGUCUCUGCCUCCAGGAGAAAGAAAGGAGAUUGUCGGUGAAAUUAAUAUGGAAAGUGAAGAAACGAAAUUGCAGGGAAAGAGUACCAAGAAGAAGAAGAAGUCUGCAGUGAAAGAAAAGCAUAGAGUAUCUUCCGAAUCCUCUUCACGGCCUUCCUUUUCGUCUUCUCCACGCUCCUCGAGCUUCUCGUCUACAGAAGUCAGUACCACGGCUUCUCAAUUCGACCAGCCUGGAGAGAAGCAGAUCAGAGAACAGCCCAAUGCUAGGCCUAUGAUGCCAUUUGAUCUGAAGGAGCUUGUGAAAGGCUCUAUUAAUAGAGAAAUGAGAACCAGAAGUGAAGAAACAGCAGCCUUCACUCAGCAGCAGCAGCCCAAUUCAGCUAGAACUAGUUCAAAUGAGUGGAAUGAAGGUAGUGGAAGGGCUUUGAAGUUUAAGGAAAGCCAUAGGCUGUCUUACGACGAGAGGGAGAUGAGAAACAACGGAUACAAGACGGACUCGAAGUUGAAAGAGACACCUAGGUUGUCUUUGGAUAGUAGAUCAAGUCCUCCAGUGAGUCACAGGAGAUCGAGUUCGAGUGUUGUUGCCAAACUGAUGGGGCUUGAAGUCAUUGCGGACAAUUUUGAAACCGAGCAGAGAAAAGAGAACCUGUUUUGCGACUCCCCAAGGCCACAACCAACAGCUCUACAGAGAUCUAGAAGCGUUGGUUCCAUCAAGAAGAUACUACCUGCUUCUUCUAAGUUUCCAAUGGAACCAGCUCCGUGGAAGCAAAUGAAAGCAGGAGACGCUGCACCGACGGUUUAUGGAGAGAUUCAGAAGAGGCUUACGCAGCUGGAGUUCAACAAGGCGGGAAAAGAUCUCAGAGCUCUUAAGCAAAUACUUGAGGCUAUGGAAAAGACGCAGAAAACUCACCAGCCAGUUCCAGCUGCAACAAGUCCAGCCAUGAACUUCAAAUCUACAUCGAUCGUGGUAAUGAAACCAGCGACUCCAGUUUCCACUUCCUCGCUGCAACAGAAGGCCGCCUUGCCAAAUGUCAAUGUUGGCAACACCAGAAAACCUCAAAAAGUCACCUCGGGGAAGCAGAACAUUGAUUCGACCAAGAGCACUAGCCCAAAACCAAUAAGGUCGAGGCAAACUUUGGUGGCUAAGUCAGGUAAGAGCCAACAGCAAAGCGUUAGCCCAAGAAUGCAGCCCAAAAAGCUCGGGUUUGAGAGGCAGUCGCGACCAACUACUCCAAAAGCAGAGCCAGGCAAGAUCCAAAGGCAGCUAGGUAGUAGACAGCAAAGAGAGUCAGACUCACCGAGAAGAAAACAAGGGAUAAAACCUCGCAGUAGUCUUCAGCAACCUGAUGACCGAUUAAGCGAUGCGAGCAGUGACUUGAGAAGUUUAAGAUCUGGUAGCAACAUAAGCUUGGGAUCCAAUGGUGACAUCGAGGUUACAAGCAAACAUCGGCUGGAGAGAAACUGUGACUUCGCAGAGCUGCAUGCCUCAAAACAAAGGAAUCCAGACUUUGGAACCAAACAAGACAGGCCAUCUCUUAAACCUCUGAAAGUUACUGUUGAACAACCGAGCCCUGUUUCAGUUCUUGAUGCAGGCUUCGACGAAGAGGAUUCACCGUCCCCUGUGAGGAAGAUAUCCCUCAGUUUUAAAGAGGACGAUGCUCUACGUUCUGAAGAAUCUAUGUGGAUAAAUAAGCCUACCGGCGUCUGCAGAUCCAUACUAUUGCCUGAGAAUAAGGGUCCAACGCAGACAGACUCUGAUCUCCUCGAAUGCUUCCCUGAUGAAGAUGCAAACAUCAAAAGCGGCGACCACAAGUACAUCUCGGAGAUACUGUUGGCAUCAGGGCUUCUGAAAGAUCUUGAAUACAGCAAGAUAAGCAUCCAGCUGAACCAAGCACGUCUCCCUAUCAACCCUGGACUGUUCUUCUUCCUGGAACAGAACAAGGCCAGCAAUAUGACUCUAAUAUACAACAAACACCGAGGCAGGGAAUUCAGACAACAGCAAACAAAUCUGACUGAGAAAAUCAGAAGAAAACUCAUCUUCGAUACCGUUAAUGAAAUUCUAGUUCAGAGGUUCAAAGGUUCUGCAAAUCCAGUUACAACAAUGGAGAAAAAAUUAGAAGCGGAGGAACUUCUGCAGACACUGUGUUCGGAGAUUGAUAGGUUACAAGAGAACAAAUCAAAGUGUAUCUUCGAGGAUGACGAGGAAGACAUCAUAUGGGAGGAACUGCAAUGUCAAGGCAUGAAUUUGAAGGAGUUUGAAGGUGAGAAUCCAGGGAUAGUGUUAGAUAUUGAGAGGAUGAUUUUCAGAGACUUGGUUAGUGAAGUUUGCUUCUGUUAAUUUAAUGGGUAUCACUUAGAAUUGUACAUGGUUUCUGGGUUUUCAGCCUUGUUUCUUCUCUUCCUACUUGAUUGUGUAACAAGCAUAUAUAUACAGGUCUAAUUAAUAAAGUAAAAAAUGCUAAGAGCAUAGUUGGUCAA